CGCAUAAUUAUUUUUCUGCCGCCAAUUCCCGACUAACUGCCAUUUUCUUUAUAAUAAACAAUCUAUUUUUUUUAUUAGUUAUAAUUCUAAAGCAGUAAUAGGAGUGAUGUCAGAUACUAUUGGCAAUAAUGUAGAUAAAAAUCAAAAUGAUUUAGUCAAACCAAAGAGAAAGAGAAAAAGAGGUAGACCAUUGUGGUAUUUUAGACGUAAUAAAAAGCAAGUUUGUACAACUGAUGUCAUAACCACAUCAAAAGGAGCAAUACUAGAUGUUAUUGACAAAAAAGUCAACAGAAACUGUCAAUUGCAGCCAAGUAAUUUAAGAAGAAAAAGAAAACGAAAAGGUAGAACCUCAUGGUGUCGUAAAAAGCGUGUUUUGGUGCAAAAUGUUGUACAUACCACAUCAACUGAAUGUUGUUUUUGUGGUGAAAGUGAAAAUUCCGAAUACGGGACAUUUUUUCAAUCUAAAGAAUCAAAUAUAGCUGCUCAUCAAUUUUGUUUGUUUUUUUCGGCUGGCCUCCCACAAAAUGGAGAUGAUGCAAAAGGCUUUGAUGGUUUUUUAUUCACUGAUAUAGUUAAAGAAGUACAAAGAUGCUUCAACAUAACAUGUAAAAUCUGCCAUAAAAAAGGAGCCAGCUCGGGUUGUUCAGUGCCAUCCUGCCAAUCUGUUUACCAUUUUAAAUGUGGAUUAAAAAGUGGAAUACAAUAUGUUUUUAAAGACGCUUUUGACUCUUACUGUCUGAAACAUCGCUCCAAGCAAGAUCUUAGGCGCAUCAAAAGUUUGAAGCCUGCUCCAAAAUGUCCUAUUUGUUUUGAUGAAAUAUUGGAAAUUGAUCAUAAUGAAAUUUUAAAAGCUCCAUGUUGUAAAGAUAUGUUUAUACACAGAUCCUGCAUAAAGAUGCAAGCAAAUGUCAGUGGGUAUUUUUUCCGAUGUCCUACCUGCAAUAAUUCUAAUGACUUUAUCGAAGAAAUGUCAUCACGUGGUAUUUUCAUACCUAAGCGUGAUGCAGGCUGGGAAGAAAAUGGUGCAUUUGCUGAGCUUUUAGAAAAAUAUAACAGAUGUGACUUACUUUACUGCUUGUGUAAAAAAGGAAGAAGCUAUUGCACCAAAGCCGGAAAAUGGCACUUGUUGGCUUGCUAUUUAUGUGGACAAAGUGCAAUCCAUGUAAAAUGUUUAGCUCGCCAUUAUAUCCCUGGAAUAGGAUAUGUGUGCAAAGAUUGUAAUCAAGUUGUUAGGCUACGAAAAACUGACCCAAACUGCUGUCAAAACACUUAUAUGAGUCGUCUGAAAGAGCAUAAAAAACGUUUAAAUGAACUAACACUACGUAAUGAUCCUGUUUUGUUAGCCUCAUCUGUCUUUGCAGCUCAAUUUUGGAGAAAUAAGUUUGGUAUCAAAGAUUGUAAGGUAAUGAUGACUAAUUUUCUUGACGAUAGCAAUCAUUUGAUAAAAAAGAAACUGGGGAAUAUUGUCUCGAACUUUGGCUCAGGCAACUCUAUUAUUUCAAAGUCUUUGACAGUAACUAAAACUUCUUUAGUUGACCCCUUAAAUUUGUCAAACUUUAAUAGAUUUGCUUCAGCGGAUCAACACAAGAUUGUUUAUAAAUUUUCAUUUCAAAAGAACAUAUUACCAUUGUUCUGCUUACCUGAAGAUUUCUUGGGUGAUAAUGUGGUUGAAAGCAAUUUUAACAUUCAACUCUUGAGUAAAUAUUAUGCAGCUGUUAAUUCAAAUAAGCAAGAUUGUUAUAAAGAAGAAAAAAAUAAAAUAACUUUCUAUUCACAAAACGGACUUGUUGAUUGUCAAAAUGAAAGAGCUUCAAAUAGAUAUUCAAUUGAACAAAAUUGUUUUGACAAUUUUUUAAGUAAAGAGUUUUGUGAUGUGUUUUCACCAGAGUUAACAAACAACCUACAGCUAGUUGCUAAAUACAAUCUAUGACACUUUGAGUUGAUUACAUUGCAGUAUUCAAGAAAAUUGUAGUUAUUAAUAUAUAUAUAUAUAUAUAUAUAUAUAUAUAUAUAUAUAUAUAUAUAUAUAUAUAUAUA